UAACGCCAUGCCCAGCAGCGCAGAGACGGGGGACAACCUUGUUAAAGCCGCUGCCUAUUCAAACACCAAGAACAAGCCUAGUCUCUACGACAACGGGAUACAAACGCACGGGAAGUCGUCUCUCUGCCAGACGUUUACACGGAAAGGUUGGUUUCUUUGGUGACACAUUUGCAGAGAAUGAACAGAUGAGCUCACAGAUCAAAUAGGAGAGGAAUGUCCACACAAUGGUACAGUAAAUUGGAUGUAGUUUUUGAAGCAUUGAUGCAGUUGUUGCAUACAUUGAUCACUGGUCUAGGGUGCAGUGUAGAGCAAGUAGCCUACAUUACUAAACAUACUGCUUAACAUGAACUUUCCCAUGUUAUCUAUAGUGAUUAUCAAAUGGUUUGUCCGCAGCCUACACAAUCAACAAAAUCCAGAAAAUCAAGGUCAAAAAGGCCUGUCAAAAAGGCAGAGAGGAGGAGGUCAUCCAAGAAGAGAUCAGUCAGUGCCAAAGCCACCAAGUCAGAAGUGGACAUUCUCAGUCCAGCAGCCAUGCAGAAUGUUUACUACAUUUCCCACAAUGCAGUUGACUGUCUGGCGUUCCGAGGCUUUGGAUGGCCUAAGUCAACUAAAAAGAAAACAGGAGGAAUGAAGGGCAAGAAAACAAAAAACAAAAAGUGACUCUACCACAAACCUUGCCAACAUUGUCAGUUUAGUACAGCUCUAUUCAAUCCGCAUGGUGGAAAUCCAGCGUGAUAUAAAUAUUAAGGCGCUGUUCCCGAUCAGCGGAGGCUGCUGAGGGGAGGACGGCUCAUAAUAAUGGCCGGAAUGGACUAGUUUCACGUUUGAUACCAUUGCAUUAACUCCCUUCCAACAAUUACGCUUCAUUCCAGCCCUAAGCAAACACCACUAUUCCAGAUUUAUCAGACUGCAUUCAUGCUAAACGCUGCUUAUGUUGGCUAAAUCGGAAAUGACCUUUACAUUUCUAUGGCAGAAUCUGUAACGCUUCAGCUUUACAGAUUGAAUAAAUCCCUAAUUAUAAUGUAUAUUUUAGUUGAUCUAGUCUGUUCAAAUUCAAAAUAGAACUCUGGUUACCUCUGAUGGAUUGGUUGUUAUUUACAGAGAACAGUGGAAAGAAAACAUGGGAAUACAUUGACCUCUGCUGGCCUACUGGCGCACCAUACCCAGAUGCUCCCAGGAAAGAUUUCUGUGACGCGUGUAAAGAAUGCUUCUCUGGAUAAUGGAUGUUAAGAAUAAAACAUGGCGAGCUAGAAUAACUGCCCUACAAAAUAAUCUAUUUUACUGGAUGGUGAGGAAGUAUUGAGAUCGGUCCCUUGCUAGACAACACUAUCUUAUGUGAUGUAACACCUAUUUUCAAUUUAUGACAGAACCAAAUUCAGCAAAUGUAUUAACAUCUGAGUGAGGCCUACAAUGUUAAGAGACCAGCAUUUAGAUUAGAAUUGCAAACAAUUCCAUUUACAUGAGCUACUCAUUCUCAAUACCAUAACACCCACAGAAAUACAAUCCAUAGACCAGGCCUCGCAAUUCAAUUCUAUUUAUAUGAUAACAUCACUCAAAAGCAGUAACUGCACUCUGUUUAGUUGUCAAAAAUGACAAGCGCAUGUAGUAAAAAUGCCAUGUUUAGACAUGAACGCUAAGGCCUGCCCUGCCAAGCUUCUUGCAAGGAUAAGGCCAAGGUUUCUGAAGUGUAGAUGUUGUCCCACAGCAGUUAGUCAUCUUUGCAUAUACACUCAUAAAUAGCACCAUCAUGUCAAGAUAAUGUUAAGUAGCCAAUUACUUUAAGAACACAAAACAACAAAAAGAACACUGGUCCAGUC